UUUCUUUUUUCUUGCUCUUGUUCUCACUCUAAUUCUCUUUCUCUCUCUCUCUUUCUUUCCAUUUUCCAUUUCUAAACCAAGUACAGGAAUAGUUGUCUCAUUGUUAAUGGCUUAAAAUGAUGCUUUUGAACAAGAGGAUGCUGGGUGCUUUCGGCGACUAGUACCAUCCCUACCUUUUUUCUUCUGAAUUUCUGAGCUAUUAUUUACCAGCGCUCUCUUUUAUUCUCAUGGCUACUAAAGCAGUACAAUUGCUUUCUUUUCUAAGUCCUUAAGCCGUUUGCUAAUGUUACUUUCUGAGCGUUUUUCCAAAGCUGGGGGUUCUAGGAGAGUUUGGAGUGCCUCAACAGCUGACCCAUGAAAUAAUGGAGUAAGGCAGGCGGGGUGGAGAGCAGGCCAGCUAUCAAUAGAAGAGUGACCCCUCUCCACACAUGGCCCAGCCUACUGGCCAAUAGGUGAUGCGCCGUCGUGAAGCCUAGGCCAUGCCCACGCUGGAGGAAAGCACCUGAAGCUUGCCUGGAGGAAGAGGCAUGCGGGGCACCCAAGGAGGAGGAAGGGGCCCUGGGCUGUCCCCUGUGGACAGACGGACACUUCUGUUCUGCAACUUUAUCCUGGCUGUAGCUUGGGGCCGAGUGAAUUUCACAGGAGACCAGGUUCUUCGAGUCCUGGCCAAAAAUGAGAAGCAGCUGUCACUUCUCAGGGAUCUGGAGAGACAGAAGCCCCAGAAGGUGGACUUCUGGCGUGGCCCAGCCAGACCUAGCCUCCCCGUGGACAUGAGAGUUCCCUUCUCUGAACUACCCAGUGUUAAAGCUUAUUUGAAGUCUCACGGCCUUGCCUACAGCGUCAUGAUAAAGGACAUCCAGGUGCUACUGGAUGAAGAGAGAGACGCCAUGGCGAAGUCCCGCAGGCUGGAGCGCAGUACCAACAGCUUCAGCUACUCCUCUUAUCAUACUCUGGAUGAGAUAUAUAGUUGGAUCGACAGCUUUGUAGCUGAACAUUCUAAUCUUGUCUCCAAAAUUAACAUUGGCAAGAGCUUUGAAAAUCGGUCCAUUCUUGUCCUGAAGUUCAGCACUGGAGGUCCAAAUCGCACGGCUAUCUGGAUCGACACUGGGAUUCAUUCCCGAGAGUGGAUUACUCAUGCCACUGGCAUCUGGAUCUCACAGAAGAUUGUCAAUGCAUACGGCAAAGACCAUGUCUUGAAGAAAAUAUUGAACACUAUGGACAUUUUCAUAGAGAUUGUCACCAACCCCGAUGGCUUUGCUUUUACUCAUAGCAUGAAUCGCUUGUGGAGAAAAAACAAGUCAAGUCAACCCGGCAUCGUCUGUAUUGGCGUGGACCUCAACAGGAAUUGGAAGACAGGCUUCGGAGGAAAUGGUUCUACCAAAAACCCCUGCUCAGAGACUUACCGAGGGCCUGCACCUGAGUCAGAGCCAGAGGUGGCUGCGAUCGUGGACUUCAUCACGAGCCACGGGAACUUCAAAGCUAUGAUCUCCAUCCACAGUUACUCUCAGAUGGUCAUGUACCCAUAUGGCCAUUCUCUGGAGCCUGUGCCUAACCACGAAGAGCUGUUCGAUCUUGCCAAUGAUGCAGUAAAGGCUCUUUACAAGGUGCACGGGAUCCAGUACAUUUUUGGCAGCAUCAGCACAACCCUCUAUUCAGCCAGUGGGAUCACAGUGGACUGGGCUUAUGACAGUGGCAUCAAGUAUGCCUUCAGCUUCGAGCUCCGGGACACUGGACAAUACGGCUUCCUGCUGCCAGCCUCACAGAUUGUUCCCACAGCCGAGGAGACAUGGAUGGCAUUACGGACCAUCAUGAAACACACCCUGAAUCACCCCUAUUAGCCACACUACUCAGGCCAGAGCAGUUGGGGUUCACCCCUUUCCCUGAAAGUCCUCCUGAAUUAAGCAUCCCUUUCCCAAACCGCCAGUGGACCCUUAGCAAGCGGAAGCGACUUUGAACAGGCCUCAUUGCCUCUAGUGUUGGGUGCCAUCUCUUUGGGCUGCUUAGACAUCCCCUCAGGGCAGCUUGUCAUGUCUGGGAUACCCCACCAUCCCACCCCCUGCUGGCUUCAGAAAAAUAUGAGGCCUGAGCUCUGCCUUUCUCUCUCUUUGUUCCCUGUCCCUGGGAAUGGCCAAAAUAUACGUUGCCCUAGCAGUUUUUGACAUUUUAAUAAAUCCAGAGGGGACCAGGCUUGAUUUAAACAACA